AUGAAGCGCAAGAAUGUCAAAGGCCUGGCCUUGACACCUGCUGCCCCCAAGCCUCCGCCGACUGCCGAGACCAGUCACCACGAUAAGGAUGGCGGUGAUCAGUCGGCACAGUUGGAGAUUGGUAUCGAAUACAAGCUGGAUCUGAGACCAGAGGACCUAGAAAUUCUCAAGGAGCUCGGUUCAGGAAACGGAGGUACCGUCAGCAAAGUCAAACAUGUUCUUACCGGAACUGUCAUGGCACGAAAGGUCAUCCACGUGGAAGCUAAGAAAGAAAUGCGCAAGCGCAUUGUGCGUGAACUGCAAAUUAUGCACGGUUGCUCGUCCGAGUACAUUGUCAACUUCUAUGGAGCCUUCCUGAACGACCACAACGACGUCAUUAUGUGUAUGGAGUACAUGGAUGUUGGUGCUUUGGAUCGUGUAUCCAAGGUCUUUGGGCCUGUUCGAGUGGAUGUUCUCGGAAAGAUUGCCGUGGCUACCUUGGGAGGCUUGACCUACCUCUACUCGAAGCACCACAUCAUGCACAGAGACAUCAAGCCGUCCAACAUUUUGGUGAACUCUAGGGGAGGCAUCAAGCUGUGCGACUUUGGCGUGUCUGGAGAGCUCAUCAACUCUGUUGCUGAUACGUUUGUGGGAACUUCGACGUACAUGGCUCCCGAGCGAAUUCAGGGCGAGAAGUACACAGUCAAGUCAGAUGUGUGGAGUUUUGGUCUGACCAUCAUGGAAAUGGCCAUCGGAAAGUUUCCUUUCAACGCAAGCGAGCAACUUUCGGACGGCGAGUGCGCACCCGCAGGCAUUCUGGAUCUUUUGCAGCAAAUUGUCCACGAGCCCGCACCCAGACUACCCAAGAGCGAUGCUUUCCCUUCAAUUUUGGAAGACAUGAUUCAAAAGUGUCUGUGCAAGGUUCCUGAUGAGCGGCCUACCCCUCAGGAGCUCUUUGACCGUGAUCCCUUCGUCCAAGCUGCCAAGAGAACACCUGUAGACCUGAGAGAGUGGGCAGUUGGUAUGAUGGAGAGGGACAAUCGCAAGUCUCACUUGGCGCCCCAGUUAUCGCCAGCAACACGCGACCUCCUCAAUUCCAAUGAUUCCCCAACAUAUCACGGCGGUUCUGGAAACGAUCGAUCCCUUGACACCCCUACUUCGGGAGAAAUUCCUAUCGCCGGCGCCGGCAUCAUCUCUCCGAGAGAACCAGCCAGCCACUCCAACCGCUCUCCCACUAGAAACGGGCUUAACACUAUGAGCAGUAGACAGCCGGGUGGCCACCCUGGGAUGGGACAGAGGAUCGUCACCACUAACUCGAUACCCAAGGUUGGCGAGUAUCCCAACAGUGCUGGUCCGGUGAGCGCCAACGCUGCGUCUUUCAGCCUGCCUGUUCGCCCGGCUCCUGGCGGACCUCUACCCCCGGCCCCUCCUCGGAAGGGCACACCUGAUGAUCCAAGAAGAGAAAACCGGAGACAAGCUACGUUUGGCAUGCCUCCAGCGCCCAGAAGCUACGCAAGCGAUGUGUACAACGGCACCUCCAACUAG